AUGAUGCCUGAGAAUUGGAACAUUAACGGCGCAACGGACUCCCAAGAUGCUGCGGCGGGGUUCAACGCCUUUAACCCCAGCGGGUUUCGACGUACGACAUGGGGUUUAAUGCUCAAGAACGACGCCAGUAUUGUCAAAGAGAUUACAGCCAUAUUCAUGAAUGAAUACAACAGCAUCAAAGAUGUAGCUGAUCUGAAUCCUGCUCUCAUCUAUCAGACAGUCACUCUUCCUACGAUAGCUCAUUUCAGAGAUAGAGGUGGCAAUGCCUUAGGAAUCACUGAAGAAGAUGGGCCUUUGAUUUCUGCGUCGAGAAAUACAAUCAAUUUUGGAACUGCUCUCGCCAAAGAGAAAGGAGUUCAUCACCCCUUCAUCUUCCUCAAUUAUGCUGACCAGGAGCAAGUCAUCUUCCCAACUUACAGAGAGAAAGGUUUUGACAAAUUGGUGGCCGCGAGCGAAAAGUAUGACCCGGAUCAGGUGUGGCAGACUUUCCAGCCUCAGAUCUUCAGAUUAAAUCCGGCACAUGCGGAUGAAGAUUCCAAGAGCCGUUUGGAAUAA